AGGCGGAUACGAGUCUGACCUGAAGUGGACUCGCAAACGAAGAUGCCAGAUGCACGUCGGCUGUGUUUUCUGCUUUUAGCAUUCUUUUUCCACGCCGGGAGGGCAGCAGAAGUAUCUGUAUGGAGCGUGAGCAUUAACUCGACACAAGAUGUUGUGUUUCGUAAGACGCUGUAUGCCAACACCACCAUCUUCAUGAGGUUCAUGAAUGAUACAGGAUCAUGUGACAGAAAUCUGGCCUUCAACAUCAGCUGGUACCUACGCUCAUCUGUUUGCUAUAAUGAGGUCUUUAACACACCAGACAGCAAAGCCAUGAACAUGUUCGGAAUGGACCACCAGCUGAAGGACGGUUGGAGUGGAUUCUACAGUCAGGGCUACAUGUACUUUGAAAACUGCUCUGCCCUCUUCUCGCCAAAGGAUGUCAGUGCAGUAGCCAAAGCCUGGGAGGACAGCCCCUAUUUGUUCAUAGUGAAGGUGCAGCCUCGGUUUAAUGGAGUUGAGGAAGACUUCGGAGCAGAGCAGCUCAACUUUGCUUUUACAGUCAAAGUGGAGAUGAAAGGACCACAUGACUACUCAUCCCCAGCGGACUGGCCUCUGAUGAUGUUCUUCAUGGGCAUGUGCAUUGUGUACGUGCUGUUCGGGGCCCUCUGGCUCUUCUGGUGCGCUUGUUAUUGGAGGGAUCUGCUGCGGAUCCAGUUUUGGAUCGGUGCCGUCAUCAUCCUCGGCAUGCUGGAGAAGGCAGUGUUUUACUCUGAAUACCAAAGCAUCCGUUACAAAGGGGACUACGUUCUCGAUGCUGUGAUAUUCGCUGAGCUGCUCUCUGCACUCAAAAGAUCUCUGGCUCGAAUCCUGGUUCUCAUUGUCAGUCUCGGCUAUGGCAUUGUCAAACCCCGGCUGGGCACCACCGUGCAUCGUUUGGUAGCCGUUGGACUUCUCUACCUACUGUUCUCCUCAGUCGAAGGAGUGCUGAGAGUGACGGGUGGUUUCUAUGGGACGGUUGCCCUAGUGGCCAACCUCAGCCUGUCCCUCAUUGACUCCUGCGUCAUGUGCCUGUCACAAACCACACGUCUCCUGAAGCUCCGUCGGAAUGUGGUGAAGCUUUCGCUGUAUCAGCACUUCACCAACACCCUCAUCUUCUCUGUUGUGGCUUCUAUCAUAUUCAUCAUUUGGACCACCAAAGUCUUCAAGCUGGUAGACUGUCAAAGGGGCUGGCGGGACCUGUGGGUGGACGAUGCCUUCUGGCGUCUUCUGUUUUCCACUAUUCUGCUGGUCAUCAUGGUGCUACUGCGGCCCUCUGCAAACAGCCAGAGGUUCUCGCAUUCCCCUCUGAUUGAUGAGGAUGAUGAGGAGGAGGAGGCCAAAGAACCCAUGCUGAACGAAGCCUUUGAGGGCAUGAAGAUGAGAGGGUCAAAGCCUGAGGCCAACGGCUCCCAGAAACUGCUGAGUAAAGAGGACGAGGACCUGAAAUGGGUCGAGGAGAACAUCCCUACGUCUGUUGCUGAUGUUCAGCUGUCCGACAGGCGUCAACUCCGGUUGGGAUUGACCCAUCAGACCGCCGUGGGAUUGAAUAAGAAAGGUCUGCUCAAGAUGCAUGACGCCUAUGAGUCGGUGCCGAUUUUAGAAAAGCUUCCUCUUCAGAUCGACUGCCUUGCGGCCUGGGAGGACUGGCUGCUAGUUGGAACCAAGCCAGGGCAUCUCCUCCUCUACCGAAUAAAGAAGGAUGCAGGCACCAAUCGGUUUGAAGUGACUUUGGAAAAAUCCAAUAAGAACUUUUCAAAGAAGAUACAGCAGCAAACCAGCUCAGGGGAAGAAAGGCUCAGAAUGUGUGUGGCAGUGAAGAAGAAGCUCCAGCUGUAUUACUGGAAGGACAGAGAGUUCCAUGAGCUGCAGGGGGACUUUGGUGCACCGGAUAUUCCAAAGUCCAUGGCUUGGUGUGAAAAUUCCAUAUGUGUUGGUUUCAAACGAGACUAUUUCCUCAUCCGGAUGGAUGGCCGCGGCUCCAUUAAGGAGCUCUUCCCCACUGGGAAACAGUUGGAACCUCUGGUUGCCCCACUGGCUGACGGGAAGGUGGCUGUUGGACAGGAUGACCUAACUGUGGUGCUUAAUGAGGAGGGAGUUUGCACUCAGAAGUGUGCCCUGAACUGGACAGACAUCCCCAUCGCCAUGGAGCACCAGCCUCCCUACAUCAUCGCAGUGCUCCCUCGGUAUGUGGAGAUCCGGACCUUUGAGCCAAGGCUGCUGGUGCAGAGUGUGGAGCUGCAGAGACCACGCUUCAUCACCUCGGCGGGGUGCGUUGUGCCAAAUGUUGUGUAUGUAGCCAGCAACCACUUUGUGUGGCGCCUGGUACCUGUUUCAAUUGCCAGCCAGAUCCGACAGCUCCUCCAGGAUAAGCAGUUUGAGCUGGCUCUUCAGCUGGCGAAGAUGAAGGAUGAUUCAGACGGUGAUAAAAAGCAGCAGAUACAUCACAUCCAGAAUCUCUACGCCUUCAAUCUGUUCUGCCAGAAGAGAUUCGAUGACUCCAUGCAGGUGUUUGCCAAACUUGGCACAGGUAAGUGCUGUGUAAUUAGAGGAGCACCCACAGCAGCCCCUCAUCACACCAGCGGGACCAAUGUGGCCCUGGUUUCCCCUCUCCUUCGCCUGGAGAACAACCACUGCCACAUCGAGGAAAGCGAGUACGUCCUGAAGAAAGCGCACAAGUACAGCGAGCUCAUCAUUCUAUAUGAAAAGAAGGGCCUACACCAGAAAGCUCUACAGGUGCUGUUGGACCAGUCCACCAAGGCCAACUCUCCCCUGAAGGGCCAUGAGCGAACAGUGCAGUACCUCCAAAGACUGGGGUUGGAGAACCUGGGAAUAAUCUUUGAGUUUUCACCCUGGGUGCUGAAGAUCUGUCCUGAGGAUGGCCUAAAGAUAUUUACUGAAGACCUGACCGAGGUGGAGACUUUGCCCCGAGACAAAGUGCUGCAGUUCCUGAGGGAAGGCUUCGAGGAGCUCGCCAUCCCAUAUUUGGAGCACAUCAUUUAUGUAUGGGACGAGAAGGGGCCGGAGUUCCACAACGUCUUAAUCCAGCUCUACCUGAGCAGGGUCCAAGGCCUCAUGAAACAGUACCUCAACUCAUUGCCUGAAGGUUUGCUGGAGGAACGGGCUCUGCUUCUUGGCCGAAUGGGCAAACAUGAGCAGGCGCUCUUUAUUUAUGUGCACGUUCUGAAAGACACUCGCAUGGCUGAAGAAUACUGUCACCGGCAUUACAACAGCGUGGUUGAAGGAAACAAAGACGUCUAUCUGUCUCUGCUGAGAAUGUACCUAUCACCUCCUGACGCCCACUGCCUGGGGCCCAUCAAGAUGGAGCUUUCAGAGCCUCAGGCCAACCUCCAGGCAGCCCUGCAGGUCCUGGAGCUUCACCACAGCAAGCUCAACACCACCAAGGCUAUCAAUCUGCUCCCAGCAAACACUCAGAUCCGAGAGAUCCGAGUAUUCCUGGAGAGCGUUCUGGAGGAGAAGGCUCAGAAGAAACGCUGCAACCAGGUGCUGAAGAGCCUGCUGCAGGCUGAGUUCCUGAGAGUGCAGGAGGAAAGAAUCUUCCACCAGCAGGUCAAAUGCGUCAUUACAGAGGAGAAGACCUGCAGAGUUUGUAAGAAGAAAAUAGGAAACAGUGCGUUUGCCAGGUACCCCAACGGCGUGGUGGUGCACUAUUUCUGCUGCAAAGAUCGCAGCGUCUGCCCCACCGAGCAGUAGAAUUUUUCUCCAACCUCUGCUAUAUAAUUUGCUUCCCCUUCCCCAUGGACUUCAGAAACAGGACACCUUUGUAGCAGGAGCCCGAGGUGAAGGCCGGCGGCUCUGGGAAAGGAGAGCUCGUGUCCCCCGAAGCGCCCCGCUGAGAGGUGACAUUUCCAACUUUGUCUUUGCCGAUGCUCUGCGCACGAGAGCAGAACGGAACGCCACGCCGCGCGACGUCAAGGCCUGAUGAUUUCUUCGGGAGCGGCCGAGCGCGUUCGGCGAGACAGAAAAGAAGCGGGCGCCCCCCUGUAACGCCGCAGAGCGUUUUCCUGCCUUACAGUACGCACCACGUCAGAGGAAAACGAGCGCGGGACGGCCGUGUUUAACGCUCACUCUCACCUGGAUGGCUUCUUUUGUUUUUUUGUUUUUUUCUGGCUCUGUCUCCCCUUCGUCCUUAAACACUGCGUUGGCCUUUAACCACUGCUUGAUGUGCCACCCCGACUCUGCAGGAGGAUCAUUUAAAAUGCCUUCUGCGACUCUGAAGAUUGUAGUCACUGUGAGGACGGGAUGCGUCUCACCCCCCUGUCGUCCGAACGAGACCACGCCGCACAGUUUAGUCCUAAAGCAUGUUUUCUGUUUACAGCUGACGCAACUCCCUCCAAGCCGAGAUUAUUCACGGCCGCGUUCCCGCUCAAGACUGCUUCAGGCACGGAACGGCCCAUGCCUCCGUAGCGUCCCCUUAGACUUAUCGACAGCAGGUUCCACAAAUCGCUGUGCAGUGAGUCGUCCCUCCCCUUCACUCAUUCCCACACUCGGUGUUUGCUGUACUGUGUAUUUGCACUCUAUAUAUGCAGCUUUCUUCGUAUUGAUGUGCAUAUAGGCGGCUGUUCGGGGGGGUUUAAUGUCACGCCCAAGGAUACUUCAACACAUGGAAGGGCUUGAGAGUGAGAUGGAGGACAACCAUGGCCAUUUUACUGUUACCUGCCUUCAUGCCUUCCAUCGUUGAAACGCAUUUUCAAAGUGUCUUCUUCAUGAAGUAGAAAACAUGUUUUUCUUGUUUGUUUUUUUUUGUUUUUUUUAAGUUGCUGCAUCUUUUGUCAAUGGUACUUUAAAAAUCGAAUGACACUGAUUCACUUUACAGUUUUUUCGGUGAAGCUUAUUGAAUUAUUUGGCAGAAAGGUUAUCCGGCAGCUGACUUGAUAAAUGAUUAUCGUAUCGGUCAUUUUUCGAGUGGGCUAAAAUAUGCAGGUCGCUCCGAAUUGGAAGGAUUUCGUUUUUUGUUGUACACGACUUCUUUAUGUUUUGGCUGACUGGUUAAACAUAAGUAGCAAAAAGGUCUUCAGAGUUUUGCUUUUGUUUUUUAACUUAUUUGUGGAUAAAAUGAAUAAUCAAUGAAAAUAAAAAGCUGAUUGACUGAUUAAUGUCCCCCCGAUCGUGGUGAUGUCUCACAAACGGAAUCAUCUUGUAGCCACUGUAUGCGACUGGUCACACCACAUUAAAGAUAAACCAACAGUGUCUAAUUGCUUUUAAAUCUAACACAUUUUGGG